ACCCAUAUACGAAAUUGUAGGAAAAUCAAAACCCAAAAUCAAUUGGAUUUAGUUUGAAUCUUGGAUGGCGCAAUUGUUGCAGUCCGACACCACCGAGUGAGUUUCUAAAUUACAAACAUGCACCAUGGUGAGGAGAGAGAUUAGAGAGAGACUGAGCCAAAUAUGGUGAGGAGAGGUUAUGAUCUUUGCCUGCCGCCGAAGACUUCGAAGUAGAGAGAGAGAAAUAGAGGGAACAGAGAAAAAAGGAGACAGGACCAUGGCGUGACCGGUUCAAAAAAACAAAAAAAAAAAAUCCAAAAGUCAGCAGCGUAGCCUAUUGGCUGCUGACAGACGCCUUGGGCGACUAAGUUAGCAUCCCCCCACCCCCCACACACACACAAACAUAUGUGUUGGCUAAAUCUGGUGCACCAUUUUCAAUUAGUCAUGGCCACAUUGAUUUUUUUCCUCCAACUGUCUUUGUUCCUAUCUUCUUUUUCUCGCUUAUCAUGUUCAAUAUCUGAUACUCUACAUAAAGCUUCGUCUCUCUCAGUGGAGAAACCAUCGGAUCUCUUGGUUUCGCCAAAUGAAAUCUUCUCCGCCGGCUUUCACGCCGUCGGUCUCAAUGCCUACAGCUUUGCUAUAUGGUUCACCAAGCCAUCCCAUGUUCACAAUCGCACCAUAGUUUGGAUGGCAAAUCGAGACCAACCCAUAAAUGGAAGACUCUCGAAGCUCUCUCUGCUUAGAACUGGAAAUCUCAUCCUCACCGAUGCUGGUCAGUCCAUUUCUUGGGCCACAAACACUGUUUCAACUUCUUCUUCACUGCAAUUAAAACUAUACAACAGUGGUAACCUUGUUCUCCGUACUCCGGAGGGUGUUGUCUUUUGGCAAAGUUUUGAUUCACCAACAGAUACUCUUCUUCCUGAACAACCUCUCACAAGGUACACAAAGCUUAUCUCAUCAAGGAGCCAAACUAACUGCGCUUCGGGUUUUUAUAAGCUGUUCUUCGACGAUGAUAACGUCCUCCGUAUGAUCUUUGAUGGUCCUGAAACGUCUAGCAUCUUUUGGCCAGACCCAUGGUUGUUGAGCAAUCAAGCUAAUAGGUCAAGGUACAAUGACACCAGAAAUGCUGUAUUUGAUUCCAGAGGCCAUUUCAAGUCAUCCGAUCGUGUGGAGUUUCAAGCAACUGAUUUUGGCAAGGGGCCUCAAAGAAGACUGACACUUGAUUCUGAUGGAAACCUUCGACUGUACAGCCUAGAAGAGCCAAGUGGGACUUGGGUUGUUUCGUGGCAAGCCAUUUCCAAAACCUGUAGGAUUCAUGGUGCUUGUGGACCUAACAGUCUAUGCACUUAUGAUCCUAGUGUUGGUAGGAAAUGCUCGUGCCUACCAAGGUUCAAGAUGAUAAAUCACACAGACUUGUCUUAUGGAUGUGAACCCGAAUUCAAUCUCUCAUGCAAACAUCACGAGGCAGCCUUUAUCAAACUCCCCCAAGCUGAUUUCUAUGGCUAUAAUCUCUAUAUCUGGCGUAAUUACUCGUUAAAGAUGUGUAAGAAUCGAUGCUUGGAGUUGUGCAACUGCAGAGGGCUCCAUUACAGAUUUAACUACGAAACUGGAGUUUAUGACUGUUAUCCCAAAAGGGAAUUUCGCAAUGGACAUGGGAACUUUGGAGGAGUUCUGUAUUUUAAAGCGCCAAAAGAUCUAGUAUCCGACAACGAGCCUUUGGAGGAAUUCAGGUUGGGUUGCUCAAACGACGACACCAAGCAGCUAGACAGGGCUUAUAAAAGAGAAGGCGAAAUCUGGCAACUGAGAUUCUUUCUUUGGUUUACUGGUGGAUUUGGAUUGUUUGAGAUAGUUUGCAUCCUUUUGGUAUGGUGUUGCUUGUAUAGAACCCGACAAAGGUCACAUGCAGCAAUGGAAGGCUAUCUCCCUGCUGCAACUGGAUUCAGAAAAUUCACCUUUUCGGAGCUGAAAAAGGUGACUCGAGGAUUCAGUGAAGAGAUAGGAAGAGGUGUUUGUGGGGUAGUAUAUAAAGGCAUAUUGUCCGAUAGUCGAGUGGCUGCAAUCAAACGUUUGAAUGAAGCUAACCAAGGUGAAGAAGAUUUCUUGGCAGAGUUGAGCACCAUUGGAAGGCUUAACCACAUGAAUUUGACAGAGAUGUGGGGAUAUUGUGCUGAGAGAAAGCACAGACUUUUGGUGUAUGAAUACAUGGAGAAUGGUUCCUUAGCAGAAAAUUUACAAUCAAACACACUUGACUGGGAGAAGAGGUUCAAUAUUGCAGUGGGUACAGCCAAAGGCCUUGCUUAUUUACAUGAAGAGUGCUUGGAAUGGGUUUUACACUGUGAUGUAAAGCCUCACAACAUACUCUUGGACACUAAUUUCCUGCCAAAAGUCUCGGAUUUUGGCCUGUCAAAAAUAUUGAACAGAGGUGGUGAGAACAAUCCGAGUUUCUCGAGGAUAAGAGGAACUAGAGGUUACAUGGCUCCUGAGUGGGUCUUCAAUCUCCCUAUAACCUCAAAAGUUGAUGUUUAUAGCUUUGGGAUCGUUGUGUUGGAGAUGGUUACCGGAAAGAGUGCUAUUACAAGCGUCAACGCCAUUGGGAACGAAGGGGAGAUGAAACAGAGAAGGUUGGUUAAGUGGGUGAGGGAGAAAAGGAGUAGAGGGGCUUUGAUGACAUCGUUGAUCAAAGAAAUCAUAGACCCUAUGAUGAACGGUAACUAUGACAUGGAUAAGAUGGAAAUUUUGGUUGGAGUUGCUCUGCAUUGUGUAGAGGAAGACAAAGAUGCAAGACCAACCAUGAGCCAAGUGAUAGAGAUGCUUCUGCACCAUCCAAAAUGAUUAUUAGCAGAGGCAAUUCAUUGCUGAAAUGAGACACACACAAUUUCUAUUAAAACCAAUGAUGUUUGAGCAAACUAUGUUUAAGAUCAUUGUAAUAUAAUAAUAUUUUUAGUAGUCCUAUUCAAAUCCUAGUUUGUAUGAUCUUAAAUCUCGCUUGCUUGUAUUGGUAAAUGGAUUAUAGAUCAUUGAAAUGGUAGCAACUUUGAUUUCUAUUAGAACCCACUCUGAUUCAGAAAAGGAGAAAGAGUUUACAAAUAAAAAGAUGACAUUUGUAGA